AUGGAGGUAGACUCGCCUUCGCAGAACCCAGCGAAAACGGCGGCAACGCCGACAAAUGCGCCGGCGGCCGGGAAACUGCCGGUGAAGCCGAAAUUCUCGGCGCUAACGGCGGCGGAAAUGGGGGGAAGCAAGUUCGAGUUCCGCAAGAUUCCCGUGCCGCCCCAUCGGUACACGCCGCUCAAGGAACGAUGGAUGGACAUAUACACUCCGGUGUUUGAACAAAUGAAGAUCGACAUUCGCAUGAACCUCAAGGCGCGCAAGGUGGAGCUGAAGACGCGGAGGGACACGGCGGACCCGUCGGCGCUGCAGAAGUGCGCCGAUUUCGUGACGGCGUACAUGAUGGGAUUCAGCCUCACAGACGCCAUCGCCAUGCUGCGAAUCGAUGACCUCUAUAUCGAAUCAUUCGAGAUCAAGGUGCGGAGUGGGAGGAGGGUGGGAAGAGAGUGGGAGGAGGGUGGGAAGAGAGUGGGAGGAGGGUGGGAAGAGAGUGGGAGGAGGGUGGGAAGAGGGUGGGGAUGA